AUGGCAGAAGAACCCAUAAUGGAAGACGUACUAUCGGGGUCAAGAGCCGAGAUCCCCAUGGAUGAAAUGGAUGAAGAUCCCGUCGAUCCGUCCAUGACAAUCUCGGAAGAAGAGCGGCGAUGGGCGUUGGAAAUCAAGCGAGCCGUGGAGGAUAAUGAGGAACUGACUAACUUGAGCGACAUGACGUAUGCUCAUCAUGCCAUUGUUGCAAAUGGAAAUGUAGAUGAGGCUCUGUGUCGUAUCGAACGGCAACAAGUGUUUCGGGAUCAUUAUAAAGUGGACCACAGCGUGGAACAGGGUGUGGAACUGCUCCAGGAGCUUAUCCGGCAGCAACCAGGUUUCCUGCUAAACAUUGACAUUGAACUAAUUCGACAAGAAGCCAUCAACGCCGUUGAUUGCGGUUGCUUCAAUCCCAAUGUCGCGUUGGACACGUCCUCGUCUGCCGGGUUUGGUGUGCACGACAAUUGGAGGAUCUUUUGCUGUGGGUACUAUUACAUCAAGUUCACCAGCCAACCCACACUGUCCGUGAUUCGCAAUGGAACCUUGGAGCUGGGUGAUUUUGGAGGAUAUGGAUGGUCCAACUUCUCCACCGAAGUUAACAGUCGAUUGAUGGAAGAAGUGGUAGCAUGGUACCCCAUGAAAUGGAACGGGCUACUUCUCUACAAUACAGGAUCGGUUGCCAAUGCCAUUAUUGCGUUGGCAAAGCCAUUAAUGGGCGAGACCAUGAGGAAUACCCUGCAGCUGGGGUGUCAGGUAGUGGAAGCGGAUGGAAGCUGCAAUCCCAAUCGACGGCUACGAGAGUUCUACAUGCAACCCAAUGCGGAAGAAGCGGAGCGCAACAUGCUGGAGCGGGCAAAACUCCUGCUCACGACGCGGCAAAACAACGAGGAAACCUUUCGACUGUGA